AUGUUCUCUUUAACAAAGGGCUGUGGUUGCGUCAACUUUGGAGGACGUCGAACACGGUCUAUGGGCGACGACUCUUCAUCCUGUAGAAGUUCAGAAAUCGAACAGGAAUCGCCCAAGAAACUCACGAGGAGAGUCCUAAACGGUGACUGCACCAUGAAAGCGCUCGCCCCCUUUUUGAGGUUCUGGAAGAGAGAUGAGGUCAGCAUGACGAAGGCGGAAAGAACCAUGAAAGCAGCGAUACUAAUACAGCAAUGGUACCGAAGAUAUUUGGCUCGUAUGGAAGUGAGAAGACGAUAUACAUGGACGAUAUUCCAGAGUAUCGAAUAUGCGGGUGAACAGGAUCAAGUGAAGGUAUAG